CGCGUGGCUCCUAGCACAGGUCACUACAGGUAUAGGUGGACACCAGCCUCACCCUGAGUAUUCCGGCGAGUCUCCGUAUUCCGAGAUCACUUGAGUCAGCGUUUUGGACUCAGAGGUCCAAUACGUGGCCCAGUCUUCGGGCUUAACUCACGCGUCCAGGCUCUCAUCUACCAGGCUCGGUGCUCUCACAAUGCCGCCGAAACGGAAGAACAAACCAAUACCGCCAGCAAAGAAGACCAACCUCGGAGCUUCUGCGCGUGCCGGUACUAGCGCAGUACCCACUAAGCGAAAGCAACAAGGAGAAGACUGGAAACAGUCCCGACUGGCACCAGACAUCCCAUUACAUAUGACAACACGACGUGCUGCAAAGACGUCGUCUAAUCAUACGAGCCCGGCUGCGCCAUCAAGUGCAGCUUCCGGCAGUCGUCGUAGUUCAUUGAGCGACGUUGCGCAACAAUCAGACUUUGACGAUGAACCAGCCAAGCACAGCCGAAUGUCGACCGAGUCUGGUUCGCCAAAUGGUUCAUUUGGUAACAAUACUCCUCUGAAUGGAACUCAAACGCCAGAGCUGGACGAUUCUGUCUCCGAAGUGGCCCCGCAGGAGUCAAGGGCUGCUGGGAAGAGGAGGCGCGCAUCAGACGACUCGACGCAGUCCAGCAGAACGCGACCAAAUGGUGUUCUGACCCGUACUCAAAACGAUGUCUCCGAACAACAACCGCGCCGGAAAAAGCGCAAAACAGCCAGCGCACACGCCGAUUCAGCCUCCCAGCCUCCAGAUCUGACUGAUGCAAGCACGGCGCCGAAUUCUCCAGAACUAGUCCCUGAUGUUGCGAUCAGCCAGGACCUGCAGAAUGUCUUGCCUGCCAAUGGCGAUGGGCCUGCAAAGGUUCCAAAACGCCUACCCGGUCGCCGGCGCCAACCGCAUCCGGACAUGAACGUCGAAGUCGAUCUGCGCCGCCAGCUCAGCCUCAAAACGAGCUAUCGAAGCGUUGCGAAGGUACUAAAGGGAUUUUUAGAUGAAUUGGCCCAAAGAACGAUCAACAAUCUGGAUGACGAUUCAGAAUUCCAUAGGAAUUGUCCAGAGUACAAGCCGCUGAUCGAUGGUCUGGACAGGAAACGAGAUGUUCAGCUUGACUAUCUUGCCGCAUGGCGGUCAGAGAGGAUGGAUCAGCUGGAGCGAGUACGAAUCGCUGAAGAGCAGAUUCAGGAGCAGCAGUAUAUCAAUCGCUUCGAAGAUCUGCGAGACGACUGUCUGCAACGAUGCUAUUUCCGCAUGAAGCAGAUAGAGCGGGAGUGGAAAGCUGCGCAGGAUGACGCCACAGACGACGAGGACAAUGUGCUGCCACCUACUUACACUGAUGAUCCAGUCGAAGGCGCUGACAACAGACUUGGUUCCAAAUUUGCGUCGCGUAGUCGCGCAUACGUCGAGGCUGAUCGGGAACUUGAAAACGAUGUCAAGCGGAAGCUGUUCGAUCAGCUUCGUACGACCCAUGUUGAGAAAGAUGACGAUGCGGAUGACUCAAUCGAAGACCUCACAGGCGGCUUUGCUCGAUAUGCUGGACCUGACCGUACGGAAGCAACCGCACAUUACAACAUCAACAGUCUUGCAGAUGCUGCACACGAUAUCGAGAGGACGCCGUCGCCACCGAUUCGACUGCCGAAGGCUCAGGUCAUCCCUAAUGAUCAAGCAACUAUGCUCAUGUUCCUUGCGGAUCUUUCGACAGCACAGCCUAUCCAUAACCCCGACGCCGCGGCUCAGAACCCUAGGGACUCGUAUCAGCCUCCGUAUGCUGGACCAUCUAUGCUUGACCACCACCUUGCCAGGCAGUCGUCGCCGGUGCCAGCUUCGGGCUCCUCUUUGGCUAUAUCAUCCCAAGCGGCACUUGAUGAGUCGAUGAUUCCAGCGCAAUCAGGCUUUAGCCAUACCCAAUACACUUUACAGUCAGAACUCAACGGCAUACAUGCAGCAAAAACGCCUGAGGUGUCUGAAAAGCCAUCCGAGAAGCCCACUCCUGCACGAACGACCCACCGCAUCAUGGACAUGCUUAACAACGAUUCAGAUGUACCAGUCACGAAAGCACGAGCUUCAUUGCCCUCUGUACAAGAGCCUCAGCCACCAAAUACACCAUCUGGACGAGAAAAUGGUGUCAAACACGAGACGCCGUCACGAGGUGAUGCCGCACGCCUUGGGAACAUCGUCAAUCAACUGGAGAAAAACGAUCAGACUGAACAUCAUGUCGAUCAGCAGCUGAUGGACGCACUAAGUGGGCCUGUACUUCCAGCUACUGAACCACCAUCGCCAGCGCGACCGGUUCCAAUGCCAUGGCAGCAGUCAAGCGCUCUACCGCCACCAAGUAUACCGCCACCAAGGGAAGCCGACGAAUCCUUACGCCGAAAAGAUCCACGGGAAACGUUGCGCAGGAUUAGGGAACUGCUCGACCGCAAGGCAGAAGAGCACGGCAUGAAUAACCAAAAGGAUAGGUCUCACUGGUCUGCUGCGUACCUGGGAGGUGACAGUGAUCAUUUUGAUAGGCGCGAGGCGGCACCUGCUUACGAUCCACAACACCCCUCUGCUGGGUUGCAGGGUGCGUCUGACACACAUGGACACCUUUCGUAUCGUCGUGAAUCGUACGACCGAACAUCACACUGGGACCGUGAUAGGCGUCAAAGUGGCUCGCAAGUUUCUCGUCCCUCGCCAUAUCAGGGAAGUCCUCCGCAACCUUAUCACGGGGAACUAAGCAGACACACUCCCACCCAUCAGAGCCCAUAUGCCUCUUUACCACCAAAACCGCCUGGACCGCCUCCAGCAAAUCCUGGCAACUUCCGCUUCGCUCACUAUGAUCCUGUUCCGCCACCUCUAGCAACCAGGACCCCUUACCAACCGCCUACCUCGAAUUACCCACCGGCGUCGCAUCCUCCACACCCACCUCUACCGCCCGGUCCUUACGGUCACACUUACCCUUCUCCAUAUCAACACGCUUAUGCCCCACCGCCCGGUCCCUACCAGCCACAGCCUCCACCACUAAACGCGGCAUACCCACCGCUUAAAAUACACCAGUAUGGUGGUCAGCCUAUCCUCCCUGCCAGCAUGGCGCCUCCUCCAUACACAGGUCCGGUCCAGCAAGGUCAGCCUCCAGCCGCUAAUCUUGCAUUCUCACCGCCGCAAGGUCCAGCUUCAACACUGGUGCAGCCUCCUUUACAGCCAAACCCGCAGAGUGACCAGAUUGAUCGCCGAGACAGUAGCUUCAUGGGCCCGCAGAGCAGACCCAGACGUGCGUAUAGAAGUUACCAUGCCCCAGGUACCCAGUUCCGGACGUAUAAUGGACCUGGUGGUGGCAGAGGACGGGGCGGAGGCGGUGGUUAGGACAACCGCCUUCAAGGAAAUCCGCAGCUGAACUUGCGUAU